AUGGCGCGCAACGCCAACGAGGGAGGGGACGGGGGGGACGAGGGCGACUUCACCUUCAGCUGGAAGAUGUUCACCAGCUGGGACUAUCUGAUCGGAAACCCCGAGACCGCCGACAACAAGUACGCCUCCAUCACCACCAGCUUCAAGGAAUCCAUUGUGGAUGAACAGAUGAACCAGAAAGACGAGAACGUCCAUCUGCGCCGGUUCCUCCGGGUUCUGGCUAACGUCCUCAUCCUGCUGUGCCUCGGGGGCAGCGGGUAUCUCAUCUACUACGUGGUGAAGCGCUCCCAGGUCUUCGCUAACAUGAACAAAGACGACCUCACAUGGAUGGAGAAGAACGAGGCAG